GCGCGAAAACGCCGUCGCCGGCAACCAACGACCACGGCCGAAUGGCAGUAUUGUAUCGUGUAUUCGUGUCGCCGCCAUCUCACUCUAUCCACGUCUUUCCGUUGCCAGUUGGUACCGUAACGCGCACAUCGUUUCCGUCUGCCGAUUAUCGAUAAGACACGACGGAAUCGGAACGGACCACCACCAUUAUUACCAUCAAGGCAUGACUGCAGCGGCCGCAGGAGGAUCGGCAGCCACAGUUGCAAAGAUGAGGUCGACAACUGCGGAUGAUGACAGCGGCUGUAGAAUGAAAGCGACAGACCUAUGGGUAGAUGUUAACGGCGUGGCUACUCGAGUGCUUUGUUGGGGCCAGCCGAUCGACGAGGACAACAAACAUGAAUUAAAACGAGUAGUACUAUGCGUGUGCGGCAACCCAGGAGUAACAGAGUUCUAUGAAAAAUUUUUGCAGGAAGUCUAUCGUGUCCUCAAUGUUCCUGUCUGGGUAUUAUCGCAUGCAGGUCAUGAAGUUCCGCCUUCGAAUUUGGGACUUACAAUCCCUGACCCUAAAAAGUAUCCUGAUCUAUACACGCUAAAGGGACAAGUAGAGCAUAAAUUACGAUUUAUCGAGAAGUAUGUGCCAGAUAAUUGUGAUCUAUAUUUAGUGGGUCAUUCAAUCGGUUCGAAAAUUAUAUCAGAAUUGCUUAAGGACAGUGCAAUGGCUCAGAGAUUGUCUGUUAAACGUUUAGUGUUCCUGUUUCCCACUCUACAAAAAAUGCGUGAGACACCAAACGGGCGUAAACUUAUAUUUACUACAUCCAACUUUCUAUCCAUCACAAUAUUUUUAUCUUGGAUUUUUAUUUCAUUUCCGGCUUUUAUCAAAAAAUUUUUGGUAAAUGUAACACUAUUAAUCAUGGAAGGAAGGUUUGUCGAUGACUAUGUUAUAAGGUCAGCAGUGCAUUUGGUUCAUCCAAUGGUGUUACGCAACGUAUUUUCAAUGGCAUUAGACGAAAUGGAUAAAGUAUACGAUUUGGACUGCAAGCCGUUGAAGGACAACGCGAAAAGAUUGCACAUGUACUUCGGCAAAACCGACGAUUGGUGUCCGACGUCGUUUUAUGAUGAUAUUAGCAAGUGCGUACCGGAAGCAGAGUCUGUAUUGUGCGACAAAGGCUACCAACACGCAUACGUAAUCAAUUAUUCCGAUGAGAUGGCCGGCAUCGUGUGUGACUGGCUCCAACCCGAUCUAGGAGACGCUAAAUCGCACUGAUUUUACAUAUGAUAACGUCAUUCAUAUCGAAGGUGUCCACCAGCUCACUGCACUUAAAAACAAUUUUGUCUUACAAAUCAUGGUGUUUUUUUUUUUUUAUCAACCAUUG